GUUUGGUUGUGGUGAUGGUGGUGGUGGUGGUGGUGGUGAUGGUGAGGAAGCAGGUGUUCUGAGGCUUCACCAGUGCCAGUGCCCAUCGCUGUGUGUGGACGGUUGGUGUGUGGAGGUGCCUGAGGUGAAACGAGAUUUGCUGACUACCUGUUUAGAUUAGACCAGGAAAAGUAUAGUAAAUUUUUUCAGUAUCCACACGAACCAACAGAUUUCACAUUCAUUGGAACAACCACAGAAUUGUUCCAUGCUCAUCUUGUAAGACUUGUGGGUUAAGUGUUUGCAAAGUCACGCCUCAGCAACCCCUGAAGGAAGGUUAACAGUGUGUGGUGGUGGUGGUGGUGGUGCCUGUGUACUGGUGAGGCAGUUUUGGCAGGCAAGCAGACCACGCUGAACACUCUGGCUGGGUGAGGUGGGCGGUGAUGCCACCACCACCGCCACCGCCCGCGCCCGGAGGGCUGCGAGGGCCGCCCGCUCCUCCUCCUCCCUCUGCGAAGUUGGGUGGCGGGAGCGCGGAUCGGGGCGCCCUGCUGUCCGCCAUCAGGACCGGCAAGGCUCUCAAGAGGACUCAGACCAACGACAGGUCUGCGCCGCUCAUCGAUGGCAAGGGCAAGCCGUCAACGAAUGGAGCAGGAGGAGGAGGUGGAGGUGGCGGUGGCGGAGGAGGAGGGGGUGGAGGAAUGGGGAUGAUGAAUGGAGGAGCUCCCCAGUUGGCAGGACUCUUCGCGGGGGGCAUGCCCAAGCUGCGGCCUACGGGAAAGGGGAUUUCAACCUCACCAAGCCGGAGUGGCCCGCUGCUGCCCCCUGGGAGAAAGCCUGCGCCUGGCAUUCCCUCCGGUGACAGCACCGACUCCGAUAACACCACCAACAACAAUAACAACAGUAUACCACCUAGUCCAAAGCCUAGUAGUAAGAGCAACCCUGCACCACCACCUCCGCCACCUGCCAACCUCAAGCCCACGUUGGCUGGGGACCGGCACAACAAAGGACCUCUGCCCCCUCCCCCCACCAGCAAGCCAGCACCCCCUCGACCCCCCAUGGAUGACAGACCAGCACCUGCACCACCCUCCCCCGAUGGUGCCUUCCACCAAGCACUCCCCAGUAGGCCAGUCUUAGUGGGUAAGCCCAGUUUGGGCAACAAGCCAGCGCCUCCCAGACCUCCCAAUGGUACUAAGCCUUCUAAGCCAACGCUGCCUCCCAAAAUAACAGUACAGCCCAACGGCGACUCUCUCUCUUCCAACAAGACUGCCCGGACCAGUAGCAUGAGGGUGAACCGCUCCGACUUGCAGAACCACAGGUUUUCGGCGGAGGAGAACUUGCUGCCCUCCCGAACCUUGCCCCCCAGCCACCACCACAAGAGCUCACCAGGCCCCCCCACCAAGCCCAACACAGUUGGCCGCUACAUGGGAGUCAACAUUUCCCGUUCCAUGACCCGGCCACCCACAGAUCGGCCGCCCCCGCCCCCCAUCAGCCGGCCGAGCGUGCCCCCUCCCAGCCAGCCUCCACCGCCUCCUCCAAGCCGGGCAGCCACCGCAUCAAAGCCUGAGCCCCCCGGCUCGGCUCCACCACCACCUCCCAGCAGACACUCCUCGCAGUUAUCCCGGUCCUCAGGUAGUGAAUUUGAGAGCAAGUUCCAUUUCCACACCCUCCAUGAGUUCCCCUUGCCCAUCACCUUUUCCAGCUGCCUCAAGACCUAUCCCAGCAAGAACGUCAAGCCAAUGGGUCAGCGCAGAGCCCCACCUCCUCCUCCUGGUCCCAACCCCUCCACUGCCUCCAUGUCUUCUGCCUCUUCCCAGUCCUCCCUUCACUUCCCCACCCACACCCACACCUCUCCACCUCCCCCUCCACCCCAUGCUCCUCUCCACCUACAAGUGGGUGCCAAAAUGUAUGGCACAGAAGCAUCCUCCCACUGCUAAGGCCGGUGAGGUGCUGGGUGAGGCAGGCCAGCCGUGUGUGUCCCUUGUCCUCCUCGUGCUGGGCUAAGUGUACGUAUUUUCGGCUCUAGUGUGUGUCUGCUUGCCUAUGCAAAAUAAAAAGAUAGAAAUUAUCCAUCGUGCACAAGUGAGUGAGGCUUCAUUAAGUGAUAUCCGAAAGACACAGUUAACACCAGUAUACCUAUAAGGUAGAGACAGAGAGAGGAAGAGAGAAAGAUUUAGAUGAAGAACAGAUAGAAGUAAUUGCUUCUUCAUUUGGCUGUGGUUGAUGAUAAUGAAUCUGGUGAGUGAUGUUGGUGUCAGCAGGAGGGAAGAAGUCUUGUCUGUGUGUGCUCCAAUCACCAUCCUAGGCCAGUCUCCCACUGGGGAAGACAGCUCCAGCAUUUCCACUACACUCAUGGGAGAAGUGAAUUUUGCACUGGCACUGUGUGAAAGUGCAAAAGUAGAACUGCAUAGAAGUGCCUUCUGUAUCAUACCACAUACCUUUUGCUCGUGAUGAAUCUUGUUGAGGCCAAGUACUGACCCAUUAACACUUCUCUCUCUCUUGUUACCCGUGUGAUAACCCGAGUCAGGGUGGCAGAAGGGACGGCAGAAAGUGGAGUGUGCAAUAUUUACUAGCGCGCCGAUUGCCUGGGUUUUGUGGAAGUGGUGGAUGAUAAGAACCAGGCAGUGGGGGGAACCAUCUUCCAAAAAUAUACUUCCAAGAGUGCCAAGUUACUCCUGUUUUUUUCUUGUGUAAAUAUUGUUGAUGUUCAUGCAAUUAUCUGCUCACAUUUUGUAACCAUUGGGGUGUUAAGCCAAAAUCUAAAUAAAACCUUAAAAAAAAAAAAAAAGCGAAGGUGACAGAGUACAAGACAGUUCUUAGUUCUUUAAUGUUGACUCUGCUGAUGUUGAGGAGACCUUCGGUUACUUAGACCCUAGAUAUGUUCCUUGUUACUUAUUGAUUAAUUGAAAACUAUUCUGGUCGUUGCACUCGUGUUAUGUUUUGUGCAUUACUGCAUCAACCUGGACUAUUUUUGUAUAAUUUCAUAUUCAAAUAGAGCCAUGUUAUGUUUGUUUGUGGUCAGAAAAGUCAGCUGUCCAGUGUGAUGUCAUCUUUUGUGGAGGAAGUAAUGUGUGUGCCAUGGUAUUGUGAUGGAGACUUUAACAUACUUAAUAUAUAUAUAUAUAUUUGUUGCCUCUUUAUACAGGAUUUGCAUUUGUAGGUCAACAGAUUUUUUUCCAGCUAUCACAUGGUAAAACAACAGGAUAAGAAAGUGAAUGAAAAGUUGUUAAGAUUUACUGUAAAAGAGAAAGUUUAAUUUUGAUAUCCUUUUUUAUUCUUAACUAGAGUGUCCUCUUGGAUGGCAAGUCCUUUAACAAAAUGUUAAUUUGUCUUGAGAAGUGAUUUACAUACAUUCCUUGUAGGUGCCAGCUUUUCUGUUUGUUACAUUAGUCAUCUGUACUCUUACUUCACCAGCUCAACAUGUCUUUGCGAUUACACUUUAUUUCCACACCAAGUCUCGUAGAUGUGAAAGCCGUCAUUUGUGGACUAAGCUUUGUGAUUUGGGUAACAUAUCAAAGCUGCCACCAGCCACAGAAAUGGUGGAAGGUCUUUUGUGGUGGGAGGAAGUCUGGAAUCCCGGCAAGGACCGUGGACUGGUCGUUAGUAGUGCAGGCCGUCCAUGACUCUCUUUAUUAGACGUUCCGGGAGCAGCCAGUGCCUUGAGACAGAGGAGGGAGCUGUGGUGGAUGUCCACAGACAUCUGCCACACUCUCCUGCCUCGCCCUCUUCUUCACUAGUUCAUGCCAGCUCUUUGGGAGUGCUCACUCUUCACACCUCACACUGCUCCUUCUGUUUGCCCAUUAUUUAUGUCUUGAAUCAUAUUCAUGCAAAUCAUUGUUUUUAUACUUACAGUUACUAAUUUUGUUUGAUAUAAAAGUACCUAUUUUUUGUAGCUAUUUUAGAUAUAUAUUGUAACAUGGUCUUUGCACCAAGCCUGUGUUGCUUUGCAGGGCUGAACACUGUACUGUAUUUAUUACUAGCUGACAUGAACCUGUCUGUUGCCGGCUGUGGUGUCAAACCAUGGCAGCACAGGUGACAUCUAUACACUCUAGUCUCAUGGUGGGUGAUGCUGUGCCAGCCCUUGACUCACCCCUCUGUCCUGUGGCCCUCAAUUCUCAUAUCCUCAGUGUUGUGUGACUUAGUGAGACUUUCAGUAUGUUCAGUCAGUCCCUGGUAACCUUUCCUUCCCUCAAUGAAUGAUCCAUAUGAAUUAAAUGUCUUAAUUCACUUGGUAAUCACAAAAUUCCAAGUAGUGCACUUAUUGUAGAUUUGAAUACUUAUUAUUCCUGACUCAUACUGGGUCACUAUUUCAUUGAUAAUUGUCAGCAUAGCAUCAUGACAAAAGAUAUUGUGGGUUUUCACACAAGCAAAUAUUGCAUCAGAAUAUUGGUGCUCCUUUCAUGGAAAGCAGGUUUCGUUCCCCUGCUGUUAUGGAUUAAUGUAAUGUUAUUCAGACCACUUGCUUUCUGUAAAUCUUGAUUGAAAUUAUGUAGGAAAUAUUUCUGAAAUCUUUCACAAUACAAUCAUUAGAUGAGAACUGUUUCUAUUCAUGAUUUACAGAAAUGUUGCACUACAAGUGGCAUGGUGAAUAAGCAAGCAACAGAUUAUUUAUUUGCCUCUAGUGUGUGAUCCCUUAGUAAGUGUAGGUAGCACAUCUUAUUGAGGCUCACUUUUAGCUGUCUGACCUUUGUGAUUCACUAAAUUCACUGUGUUUUGUUGCACACAGUAAUCAGUUUCCUCCAGAUAGGUGAACUAAAAUUCUGGAGACAGUUACAGGGUGCCAGUGCAGGGCUUGAAAGCUCGUGUGCGCACGCACACACACACACACACACACACACACACACACACACACACACACACACACACACACACACACACACACACACACACACACACAUCAUAAAGUAGUGAGGGAAAGUGAAAUGGAAACAGGGUGAGGCAAGAGGUGGCAGGCAUCAUCCUCACACCCUGACACCCUCACACAGGCAGGGGGCAUGAAGUGGCAUGGGCAUUGGGAAACUAUAAGUCCUUGUCACAUUUUGGUGUUUUGAUCACUUCCUUGUUUAUAUAAUUUGCAAUGUAUAGUUUGUUGUUUGGGAAAGAUGAUUCAUGGGAAUGUGACAUUGCUACACUAGGAUAUUGAGUGCUGUUUUAACAUCAGAGAGGAUUGUAUUAGGUAGGAGCUCAGUAAGACUCCUUGUUAUAUAAAAAAUCAUAUAUAUAUAUAUAUAUAUAUAUAUAUAUAUAUAUAUAUAUAUAUAUAUAUAUAUAUAUAUAUAUAUAUAUAUAUAUAUAUAUAUAUAUAUAUAUAUAUAUAUAUAUAUAUAUAUAUAUAUAUAUAUAUAUAUAUAUAUAUAUAUAUAUAUAUAUAUAUAUAUAUAUAUUCCUUUUAAAUUAUUCUUGAAAGUAAGAAGAUUGAAUUUGCUAAAGAAAAGCAUAACUGGAUGAAAAGUUGGCACAUUAGCAGACAAGGAAGUCUUAUGCAACCAACUUAAUUUUGUAAAAAAGAUUUCACUCAUUUUCUCAAAAAGAAAAAAAGUUAUUAUUAUGGAAACAUUAUGAAGCCAGACAAGUGGAGAGUUAAGCCGAGUGUUUGGUGGGAGGCGUGGCUCCACCAAGCAUCACCAGCAUGUGAUGGUUUGUCCUGCAGCGCUGUGCUGCAUGAGCCCUGUGCACCUCUGCCCAGACCGCAACUUACUUAUCCUACACUUCAUUUGCUGUAUGAUUUACACAUCUGUUUAAAUCAUCAUACAUUCAUCAGCUUAUGUAUGUAAUAUUGACUAUUUUAAUAAUCACUAUUUUGCCAGAUCAAAAGCUGUACAUAUACAUGUAAAUAAAGCCUUUGGGUUUAGGUAAGAGCAUCCAUAUAUUAAAAGUGUUAUUAUUGUGCUAUAUUCAUAAAUACAUUACUGAGA